AUGUGGCGUGGAGGAGGAGGGGGAAGCUCUGCUGGUGGUGAGGUAUUGCUCCUUCCUCAGAUUCCGUCCUUAACCCAAGUUAUCUCAAAAAUCCUUGCCAACCGACUCAAGAUCAUCCUCCCCAAAUUCAUCGCGCCCAACCAGUCUGCUUUUGUCAAGAACCGAUUGUUGAUGGAGAAUAUAUUGCUUGCUACAGAAGUCAUCAAGGAUUACCACAACAACAAUGUCUCUCCGCGCUGUGCCCUAAAGAUUGAUAUCUCCAAAGCUUUUGAUUCUUACAUUUCCUGGAUUCAGACCUGCAUCUUCACUGCUUCGUUCUCUGUCCAAGUUAAUGGCAAACUUGCUGGCUAUUUUAAUAGCAAACGAGUUUUGGGUAAGGCUACAGGCAACAAUGUUUUUGGCUAUCACCCUCAAUGUAAACACAUGAAGCUCACUCACCUCUGUUUUGCAGAUGAUUUACUCGUCUUUGUGGACGGACAACAGUCAUCAAUCACGGGUGUUCUGAAGGUUUUUGAGGAUUUUGCUACUCAUUCGGGUCUCAAAGUUAGCAUGGAGAAAUCUACAAUAUAUACAGCUGGUAUCACGAUGGAAGACAGAGAGGAGAUUCUCAGGCACUUUCCAUUCGAGUAUGGCUCUCUACCAGUUCGAUACCUCGGGUUACCUCUACUACCAAAGAGAAUGUCCUCGGCUGAUUACAUUCCUUUAUUGGAGAUGAUAAAGUCGAAGAUAGGUUCCUGGACAGCUCGGGUACUCUCUUUUGCGGGGAGGCUUCAGCUCAUCUGUUCAGUAAUUUCAAGCAUCACCAACUUUUGGAUUUCAGCUUUCCGCUUGCCUAAAGCCUGCAUUAAAGAGAUAGACCAGUUAUGCUCUGCUUUCUUGUGGUCCGGUCCUUCACUGAAUGCCAAGAAAACAAAAGUUGCUUGGUCUGAGGUGUGUCUCCCAAAACGUGAGGGAGGUUUAGGACUUCGCUCGAUCGAAGAAGCUAAUAAGGUGUCUGUUCUCAAACUGAUAUGGAGACUACUCUCAGCAAAAGACUCUUUAUGGGUAAAUUGGGUCAAACGUUACCUUAUCCGUAGCGGUUCAAUCUGGACAGAGAAACCUAAUCCUACCUUGGGUUCAUGGAUUUGGAAGAAACUCUUGAAAUAUAGAGAUUUGGCACAACAAUUCCAUCGAGUGGAAGCACACAAUGGAGAACACACAUCUUUUUGGUUCGAUAUUUGGUCUCCCCUGGGACGACUUUAUGAGACGCUAGGCGAAAGAGGUUGCAUUACUAUGGGUAUACCAUCAUCGAGCACUCUGGCUGAAGCAGUUGUUAUGACUAGGCGACGAAUGCAUUGA